GUCCGCAGUCUCAAGUUGACGGUGGUGGUGGUAGAGAGCGGUUAGUGUGUGGGUGUUGUCUGCCGAGUGUUGAUACAAGCAUCAACAGCGGCGUGACUACUACAUCCACUAGGGUGGCUACCAACAAGUCAUUCUUGGAUUUAUCAUCUUAAUCCCUGGUUGACAUGUCGAGUGUGGAGUAAAAGUUAAUAAAUAAGAUAUUUGCCCAGUGGCCCUCCGCAUUAGAUCGCAAUGACAGCUAAUGGUGGCGAUAUAUUAAUGAUGUCAACGCCUGUCUUUGUUCCACCCAAGAGGAAGGACUCAAUGAGUCCCAGAGCGUUGAAAAGGAAAUUCCUCCGCAGAGUUGUAGUGCCCUCGUUAUCUCAUCUUCCAGCUACCAGCAAGAGCAUUAGUGGACAACGUACUCACGAGGUUUCAGGAUCUCAGCCAGAGUCAUUGGAGAACAACCACUCUUCCCGUGUUCCAGCCAAGAAAAAGAAAGCGAGCAGUCCAGCGAUGACAGAUUGCAAAUACCAUGAUCAGAUUGUUGUGCCGAUAUUAGCUGUCAACGGAGAGUGUGUUGGAGAAAAAUCUGUAUAUUCACCUGGACCGGAACAGGCGGCGAGCCAGGAAAGAUCCACUCACCCUUUGCCACAUCAGUCCAACUCACCUAUGGUUCUACCUAAGAAGUGUGUGUCUACGUCUAGGUUUUUCAAAAAGAAGAGUGUUAAAACUGAUGUUCCAGUAAUAUCGAAUCAAACACCUGAGGGAGAGUACGUUGGGUCACAGACCUUGUUGGAAUCUUUUCAUAAAGGCAGUGCCCAAGAGAAUGGUUUACAUCAUACCCUAGCAGCUGCUGCGGAGAAUGGGGACGAAUGUCUUGGUGUUGCACCCAAGAAGAAUGAAGUUUCUAAAGAUUUAAGAAAGAGAAGUUUCCGCAAUAUUAUUCAGCCGUUAAUACCGCACAGGAAAGCAAACGUUAAGUGUACAAGCUCAGAGUCAAAGGGUGAAACUCGUUCGGCCUUCGAACAAGAGUUGGCAGAUCAGGAGAACCAGUCUCCCAACGACCCAGAGUUCAUGCGGCGGGCAUCACAGCGCUGGCAGCGCAAGACAGGCGUCGUAAAUCACCAGCCUUUCCAGUACACCAAGUUUGAGUGGCCUACCAGUCCUACCCAGCAGCCAGCGUUCCAGAGACGGGUUUCACCCCAGCCUGUGCACUACAUUCCAUCUCCCUUCAUGACUCCGCCCACGCCUCCCCUCACUGGGACUCCCUUCCGCAGGUCUAACAUUCAGUAUUCCUCCAUGCACGAGAGAUCUACAACACCAGAGGAGUCUCCAUUUCAGAGAUCUGUACGUUCGUACUCUUCUAUGAUGUUGCCAAAUACUUGUCAGAAGAAAAACUCUUGUCUGCACCUUAGUAAGACAGAGAGCUGCAGCGAGAAGUCAGCCAAACCGAAGAAGAGUAAUCUUCAUGUGGCCUUUAUGCAGGAACCAUUAUCUACUGAAAAGAAGGCUGAUUCAGCCAGAGUGAAAUGGCCACCUCGUCUUUCCCUGGACGACAGCGUAGCAGAGGAAGUGAGGAGAGUGGCGCGACGGGAGUCACUGCUGAUUGCUAGGGAGACGCCAUUCCGUCGCCUCAGCGUCAAGAUACGCAAGUCUCUGCAUGGGCCUAAACGUAAAGCCUCGCAGAUAGUGCCAUCAGUCACCACCACAGCAGUGCCUACCGUUACCACCUCUGCCUCAUACCAGAGCGCCCUGUUCUCCCUCUCGGGUUACCCCAGCACCUCCAGUUUUUACUCUGCAUCACCACCCUCAUCACCGUUGCUCUCACAGGGACACCUGACCCUGCAGGACAUCUUUGUUGCUGAGCCCAAGAUCGCGGAAAAAUUUGCGAUUAUGUUCCCAACGGAGCCACGACCGGAGUGGCACCGUCACCUGCGUCAUGUCAUCCACAAGGCAGGACAGAAGAUCUUCAAAAAACCAGAACACCACGACACAAACAUCCCAGAUAACCUACGCUAUCAACUCAAGUAUAUUUAUGUGUAUUAGCUGGUGAGCUGACAGGAGUCUGCUAGCCAUAUCUAGUUGGUUCCUGUUGGCCACAGUGGAAUUUCUUCAAGGAGAGUUUGUCAGCCCCCUGUGGAGUCUUUGACCUCUCUGGUGAUUACUUGCUGGGUGGAGUGCCCGACAUAAGCUUUGGCUAAACCCGACAGUCGACAGACCGGAGCUCAAUGAGUUGUUGUCCUCUGUGCCUUGUUAAUGUGUAGAUCGACACCACUCAUGGUCACCUUACUACUUGCCAUAUUCAUGAACUUCAUGUAUUGAGGCAUAAUGAGUACUUCAUCAGCAUCCUCAUUCCAUGUACCACUUCAUCCAUCUCUUAGCAAGUUGGUCAUCACAAUAAGACAAUACACAUCAAUCUCGCUAUUAUUAUCAUCAUCACAAAAGUCAAACAUUCCAUAGUGUUGAUAACAACAUCUGGCAAAUUAAUUUAUAUUGCUUCAAACCUUAGUUUUUAAAACCCUGUACACAGUUAACUUCUCCAGCUAAAUCACAAGAACAUAUGAUGUUUCGAGUCUUACACUGAGCAGACAUACACUAACCAUCCUUGACAGACUCUUCUGAAAUGUUUGUAUAAAUUAAUGUUAUUUUUAUGACUUGCCAUAUUAUUUGUUUAUUUAUGAGUGAAUUUAAUAUAUGAGGUUGAUCCCAAACCUGUAUCCAGAUUUUUUAAUGUUAAAUAUUCGACACAAAUGUAUUUCAUCUGACUAUAUGGAUUGAAAUGGUAAAGAAAGUUGCCUAUUGUAAUAUUUUAUCACUAAUGGCAACACUGUACUGCUGCUUGAAAUGUCAGUGACACAGUGAAGCUUCUGGCAGUUGAAGACAAGACUAGCUCUUAUCAACUGUCCAAUGCUACAUCUCCACUACACCCAAGAUCCCCAGCUAGUGCAAGAGUCUGGUCACAACUAUAUAGUAUUUGGCCAAAGAAGGGACUCUUAAGGACCUGGCACAGGUGCUGUACAGACUGGUCAAGUGUCUUCCAAGUACCAGAGAAUGCAGUAGGUCUACUUGAGUUGAACAGAAUCAUUGUACGCAAUAAUUAACGUGUUUCUGCAGUGCUUUAAUGUGCACAACAAAAUCAGCAUAUGCACAUUACUCCAUCAUUGUUGCUCAUAGCUAUUAAAUACGUCAGUCAUCUGUUGGUGUGAAAGUGAACCUUUUUGCACAUAUGGAUUACCAUAUACAGUACAUUACAUGUUCACAUUACAGUGAUUAUAAUUGUCGUUGGCCGCCUUUGUCAGAAAUAUGUACCACUUGCCUCAUACCUUUAUGAUGAAAUCUAAAUUAGCCUGACAUAUUCAUUCAGACAUGGAAAAUAUAGUAUUCAAACCUUUAAAUGAAGUCCCAAGCUGUUUUUGUAACAAGUAUUUAAUUAAAAGGACUAUCUCUUCUGAUAAGAGCUGAAAGGUUGGAAAUGGUAUGAUGAUACUGACAAACUGGAAAAGGACACUUGUGUACUGUUCAGGUGAUUUAUUAAACAUUUACAGUUCAGGACAUUUAUGUUCUAAACUGUGCACACGUGUCCUUUUCCAUAACAGUUGAAGGGAGUUACCAGUUUUUGUGGGUACUAAACUGCAGCACAUAAACCAACUACAGAAUAUUCAUAAAUGAUGCAAUUUGCAACCAAGUAAAACCAGGUAGCAUCUGUUGUGCUUAGUGGAUGGAAGAUCAAGCUUCCACCAUACUGAGUGAUCCACAUUAGUUUAGUUUAGCAUUUCACACAAACAAAAUGAUAACCAGCCACCAUAGUACAUGUAAAUGAGAGUAACCUUUUUCACGUAAUAUGCAUAUUAAUUGUUGGUGGCACAUCUGCACUAGAGGACUGAGGCCACUGGAACAUACUUCUGUGGUGGAGGACUGGCACCAGGAUCUCAGGGAACUGAUAUGUAAAUAAAUAAAUCUAUAAAACUGUUGUAUAAGCAGAAACUCUUGUAUUAUUAUUCAUACCAUGAAGGUUGAAAUGUGGGGAGACACUAAUUAUGAAAAGGACUAGUAUUUUAUGCACUUUUUCUGCAUCAGAAAAAGAUGACAUGCUGAAUAUAAAUGCAAAAGUGCCUUUUAACAUUGUGAUAAUUAACAUGAAGCCUGCACAUUAUACA